AUAAGAAGUUCAAAAGUUUUAAUUCCAUAUAUGCAAGACUUUCUUUUUGAUGGCAAGGGCUUUCCAUAGGUCCAACAAAGUUACAGUUCGAAACCAGCAAGUUUUAACCUUUUGUUUCCUAAAGACUACUUUUUAAUCCUUCCAAUAAGUUAGCGUCGUGUCAACAUUUGCGUGUUUUCUUAGUUCAUUUUUUUCUUAUCUCCACGGAAAGGUCGAGAAGCGGCGUAGAGACGUGUGUCGCAACAACGAGCUAGCUUUGUCAACUGUUGCUUCACACACCAGUUUGCCGUGGACUUUCAAGAUGGAUGCCCACCCGAGAUAGGUUUCUGUUUCUUUUUCGGAUCCUAAAGCGAAAUGUGUCGCACCUGCGCUUGAGGAAGCACACGAGGAGAACAGGAAAGCCUUUUAAAAACCAAACCUUCGUGUUGACGGAGACUAAAAAGUUACGUUAAAGAAGUUUGGACUGCGAGGUGCUUCUUCUUAACUUCCUGGUUUCUUGUGUAUGAUUAUGCCCGUUAAGUGUUGGAAACGCUGCGGGGACUCAGAGAUUUUUAUCAUUUAAAGGACACAUGGCAUGUAACAAGGCGGCUAGAACGUUUAAACCGAGAGCAAAUUGUUUUCUUCAAGGAGGAAUGAGGGAAAGGCAGGUUUCCUGAGCGAUGGAAAGUGGAAAAGUUGGUGCCUCGUGGAAAGGUGUUUUAAUACCCGUGUCAGAAUCUGCGGACAUAUUUCGGAAUACCAUCUUGACUGCUCUACAAAGUGCACACCUGUAUGAAGAGUCAAAGCAGUUCUUCAGAUACAAAUCUGCAGUUCUAGUAAAGAAUCCUGCAUUGGAAGAAAAGUACAAUGCCUUCCGAACAAACAGGAAAAAUGCAGGAUACACAGAGGACGAGCUCAAAGAAUCAUAUGGAUUUCUGCUUUUCGACGAUGCCAGCAAGGCUAAUGCACUCGGAGAAACUGGUGUGCUCACUGGAAACAGCUCAUGCUCAAUUCUAGGAGAUCCAUCGAAGGGUAUUUACAUCUCGAUGUACUCCGACUGUUUGGAUCAAAAUCGCUGGUAUCAUGGGAAAUCUGGAUACAUCGCCAUCAUCAGGUUGACAAAGGGAAAACAAAAAAAGGUUUUAGAAAACUACACGGAGAGGUUUACAGAACCAACGGUGGGGUUUGACUGCCACGUCUCAGAUCAAUUGGCUUCUGUGUCUGCUAAAACCAGUUCGUUUCUUGCCUUUGAGAGAACUCAGUAUUAUAUGUAUGAGCUUUUAGACGACACAAGCAAUAGAACUGGGGUGUCGCCUGCCGCUUCCUGUCCAUUUGCCAUUGUAUCAUUCUCAUACAAUGAUACCAAAGCAACACCAUUUGUUCAACAAGAGAGAAGUGAACCAAAAAACCAGGUUUGUCAUUAUGUUCCUUGGAGAGGAAAGCUUCAAAUUGGAAGCAAAUUCUACAACGUUGAGCUGAGGUUGGCUGCAAGGGCUUUGCUUCCCACCACAUUGCCACCAGUGGUGAAAGUUGACCUCGCUUCUAUGUCAGAUGUGCAACGUCUGCUGCCAAGAGCUGUUUUUGAAACCCCCUUCACCGAUGAAGUUUUUUUUGACAACCUUUACUGCACUUUAUGUGAGCUCAUGCUCUCCGGAGAAGAAGACAGUAGCUCAUUUGAUCAACUUCUGUUGGAGAUAAAGGAGCGAGAUCUUGCUUUCACGAUUCCAUUAAAAGAAAAGGGAUUUCUUAUCCUGUUGCAUUCGUCCCACUUCCUAAGAUAUGAUGAUACCGAGUUCACUACAGCUGGGCUACUGCAUGGCAUUUUUGUGUUUCCAGAUUCUUCAGCUAUAAGACCAGACACAAAACCUGUUAAAAAAGGGCCAGAAGUGUCAUCAGAUAUCCUUCAGAUUCUGCCUGUCCUGAGUUAUGCCGAGAGUGAACUUGAAAAAACCCCCAUGGACCAAGACCAAAAGCCGUGUGAAGUCUUGUUGGAGCACAUGCAGAGUUAUGCCACACUAAUAAAUCCAGGACUGGCAACAAGCCCCUCAAGGGAUGUCAGCAUAUUUCCAGACCAGUAUGAUGUUGCUGAAGCCCAUAGGCACAUUUAUUCUAAACCUGAAUGGACUUGUCAUGGGUGGCAGAGCUUGUCAUCGUACAUGAGCAAGCCAGAAACAUUUCAACUCCCGUUAGCCACAGUAUUAGAAAUCCUGGCAGCAAGACAAGCAGAUCAAAGAGAAGACCUUGAUGAUGAUGUGUACAUUUGUUUGUCUUCACCUGAGGAGACGCAAGCCCACCAUCUUGACUUGGUUGUAGAAGAUGACUUAAUACACCAGCAGUCUACUGUCAGUAUUGAGAAGUCUUUGGACAUUGGUGUGCCAAAUACUGAGACACAUCUGGAAAUUACAACUAUGCCUGAGACUAUUUCACAAGCUGAUGUUACAAAAGACAUUACAAGUUACAAAGGCUUAACUGAACUGAAACAAGUUAAUUUUGGAGGAAGUCUUUGUCCAACUUUGGAAGACCUUCCUGCCGAACUCAUCGUUAGCAUCACCUCUGCUGAGCAAAGUAUGAGUCCUAAACCAGCUACUAAUUCCAACAACUUUCAGUUUUCUGGUUUCUCUACUGGAGACUCAUUUCCAACAGUGGAAGAAAAGCCUUUUGGUAAAGAGACAGAAAAAAUAACAAAAGUUUUGGACUCCUCUGAGCCUUCAGAAAGAGUUUCUGCUUCUGCCAAUGUGAUGGGGACAAAAACCAAACGGCGCAGAGGGUUUAUCAAAGCACUGCAGAACAUUUCCAAACCUUGUGAUGACACCUAUGAUUUACCUGUUGGUGUAACACCAAUGGAAGUUGAGGGUUUAAACUACAGGAUGGAGGAACACACUAAGGAGAUGGAUCACCCACCGUUGCGUGAGUCCUCCAAAAGAAAUUGGAGGAAAUUUCACAAACGUAAGCGAAUAUUUGGAAAACUAAAAAAGAAAAAAGCGAGACCUGCCACUGAACAAAGAACAGACUCUGGAAAGCUGAACUUGGACGGAACAAUUUUUAUGGAAAGUGAACCUUUCUCUCUAAAAAGGAAAACUGAGCGGGGGGACCUCAAGCCAAUCAUCAGUAUCUGUGGGAGAAUUUUGGUACCUCACGGUUCAGGACAAGUCGAUGAUCUAUUUAGGUCUUUUAAUGUCAAACCUCAGCUUGCCAAAGGGGAGAACUGUCCUGACAACGUGCUACAUGGGGGCACUCUGAAAACUCCCAACACAGUUGAAAAAGCGCAAGACUCUGACAUUGCUUCAUUGAUGGCAGUAGAGGAAACCAAAACCACAAAAUCCAUUCCUGGGGAGAACCAUCAUCUUUCUGCUGAUUCAAGUCUGGAACAGAGUCAUUGGGAAGAUAUAGUGGCUUUGACUUCAAACACUAAUGAAACUUCUUUAGAGAAUGAUGACACCAACACUCCUUUACAGGACACAACACAGGAAAAAAAAAUGGAAACAUUGUCUCCUACAAAGAUAAAAGAAGGUAAAGUACUAGGCAAACCAAAAACGGUUAUUUCAAAAAGAAAGCCCAAAAUUGGUCUGCUUGAGACAUCCAAGAAGAUGGAAAGCACAGCCCAGGAUACCGAACCCUGUGUCAAGAAGGCAAAAGUACUUUCUGAAGAAACGAAAUGUGAAAACGCAUCAACACAGGAGACAAAGGAUGGGGUUGCUGACAUUGAAAAGAUGCCGUCAUUGGACCCUAGCUUUGCUUUUGCCCUGGGACUGACCCAGAAAAGCAGUCUCAAUGAGGGUUUGAGUAUGCCGGACCAGGAACCUCAGCAAAGAAAAGGUCUAAAUGAUGACAAAGAAAGAACCUCGCUAGAAGUCACAAAUACCCUCCCAAUAACAUUAACACGGAGGCACAGGAUUAAAAGGCUCAAAAAGCACGAAGGUAUCACUGCAGAAAACGUAAAGGAAAAAUGGUGGCUGCAUUUUCAAACUCCAUCUUUUCAAACUCCAGCUUUUAGUGACAAAGUCGAAAAGAAUGACUGUAUUAGAGAUAUGUCUGUCAGGAAGACUGUUGAGAAAAACAUGAACAGUUCUUGCUCAUCUACAGAUGCUUUGAACUUGCUUGCUGACUUGGCUCUCAGUAAUGACCAGGUUCCACCACAACCAAAUCCAUCAGUUGAGAGAGAACCUGAGAGGUGUAACCUUGCAAAAAGUCUUACAAGUUCUGAACAACAGUCAGUUCUUCACGCUCUGCUUAAAAACCCUGCUGUUAGUUCCGAGCAGCCUCUUGAGCCAUCUCCUCCAGCCCCUCUUAUGAGAGACAAUGACUUUGUUGAUUUGGUUUUUGCAGAACAUGCUUAUUCACAGCCCCCAUCUUCCUCUCCACUGUUGGGUUUGUCAGGUACACAUUUAGGUGUUUCAACCAGAGUGCUGCAAGAUCAAACCAAGCAUGCAGAUGAAGAUAAAACACUAGCCACUUCUGCCAUUCCAGAACACAAGCCUUCAGAAUACCUGCUCACAGGUACACAGGCACAGAGACAAAAUUUCAGAAACUCUCGUUCCGUUUCCAUAAAGGAAGGAUCCAUUCAAGUAACGAGGCAAUGGCAAGAACACUAUGACUUUAAUCUGGACAGCAAGUUCACAAGUGACCCAAAAAUCAGAGUAGUCACCCGAGCUUUACAUGGGCCGUGGAAUUCUCCCAUUCAGGACAAUAGUGAAGAAGUGCGACUUAUCUUUCAUAUGUGGAUAGGCCUGUUUUACAGUCGGACUACAGCCCGGUUUUUUACUGUUGACUCUCCUUUUAUGCUGUCAUGUUUCGAGAGUUACUCUUUAAAAGUGGCUAACGAGAUUGCAUCAAGCCCAGCUAAGCCUGAAUCUAAAACCACUUCAUCUGCUUCUUUUGUGAAUUUACACACUUCACACUCUAUGGAACCCAAAGCUUUGAAUCUCAGGAAAGAUGAGAAUACCAUCUUGAAACCAGAAGCUGAGAUCCUUGAUUUGUCGGUAAGAAGCACAAAUGCGAAGUCUGGCUUUUCAGAGCCACAAGUUCACAGAAAAGUGAACUCUGUUUCCAAUGAAAAGACUGGAUCGUCAAACAAAAUUAGGAGGAGGAAGUCAUCAGUGAAGUCUCAGGAGUCAAACAUAUUUAAGGUUGAAAAAGAGAGUAAGCAGUUCUCAGAAAACACAAGGGAAGUUGAAAAAACUGAGAAGCCAAAAGAGGUUUGCCUGGAUCACACUGUUACAUUUUUUGAGAGGAACGGGACGUCUAUUUUUCUACAAAAGGAUUCUGGAGCAACAACGCAAGCUUUCUCGGAAUAUGGAGAGGUCAAGGAUGGAAGCUGUGAAGAUGGUGCUUGCAUGAGAAGUUUUGAGAGUACACAAACUUCAGGGGAGUGCUUGAAGCACAAUAAAUUGGAUUUAUCGAAUCCUGUUCCAAACAAAAAUGGAGACAUUGUUGAAACACAGGAUGUGCUUUGUGCGGAUGAGCAUGACCCACUGGAACUUGUCCUUGUAAAAACCUGCCCAAUGACAACUAAUGUGAAGCAGUCUUUACAAACUGAAAACUGUACUGCUUCAGAUAAAGAAAAUAUCGUCUUGGAUGCCAAUUAUUUGGAAGAUGACGAGUGGGGUUCAAGAAAAGGAUGCAAGUCAGCCCUGAUAAAACAGAGGAAUGAUCUUAACGAACAUGUGCAUAUGGAAGGAGAGCUUCACGUUAAGGAUCACUUGAGAGAAAAUGGACUUGAUGAGAAAAUGAGUGUCAUUUCUCCAAUGGAAGUUGAUCAGGAUUUAAAGGAUGCCAAAGUACCUCAGAUGUAUAACCAUAAUCCAACAAAAGAGGAUUCUAUUGAAAAAUACAGUCCUCAAGUGGAAGUGGAUCAGCAGCUACCUCUGACAAUCAGUCCUAAAGAAGACUGUCAUAACCUACAUGAAAAUCAAAUCACUUUAAAAGACAAAAGAUUCGUUUCCAACAGUCCUUCAAGCAUUUUUUCUGCAGUUCAGCAUAUUCACGACUCUAAGACACAGGAAUCUUUGGAAGAAGCUUGUCUUCCACUUGACGUAAACUGUAUGAAGGCGCCAUUGUCUGUCUCUGAAGAGAAGACCUCUUUUGAUAAGUCUAACACAGAUUUGUCUGAUCUCAAGUCAAAGGAUGUCAUUGAAGCAGGAGUUCAAGAUAAAGUAUCAGAUGUCAGUUUUGAUCUAGGUUUUAAUGAUCAAGAAGAUCAGGUACAUGGAUCAACUGAUAGGAUUGGUGAGAGUGCAACUCCAACAGAAACAUUUCAGCUACAAUCUCAUUCUUCUAGGAGUGACGAUAAAGACUUGUGUGUGACAGGCAUGUCUAAAGAAACAGAUCUCAAAGAAGAUGAAGCAUCUGAGGUUGUGCACAAGUGCAAUGAGGAUGCUCUUCCAUUUUUUAUAAUGGUCAUUCCUGAAGUACAUGCAGUACAUGCACAGUCACAAGUAGAGGUUCAAGAACCUUGUCAGGGUCUAAAAACGAUGCCACACGUCACAGGCAAUAUCAAUAGCACAUCUGUUCUGCCCAGUGAAGUUUGUGUGACAUCUCAAAGUUGUCGUUUAAAAGGGGUAGAUUCCACUCAAGACACAUUGAUGUGUGAUGUAAAUGAACCUCACAAACAAAUACUUUUAGAGAGUGUCUUUGGCAGCAGGUCCUCUACUCCCACUGUGGAUGAAAAGCAAUAUGAAGUCAUACCUAGUUCAGCUAGUUGUAGAAAAAGUCCUGUCUUUAGUGGUAAAAAAAGCUAUGAAAAUACUACUCAGAAAUGCCCCGGCCAAAGCUUGGAAGGUCUUGAUGAGCAGCCUUCUGAGCAAAAAAUUAAAACUGAUUCUAUCUACAAAAGUGAAAUUCUUUCUGAUAUUAACCUAAGAACAGUUAGAGUUAUGCAAAACAUAGACAGAUUCCUCCUUGAAUUAAAUCCAAUGGACAUGCCCAGCCAGAUUAAAACAGAAGGCAUGAACAUUUCUCUUGAUGAAAAACAUAAUUCUAUCGAGAACUUUGACUUUACUUUCUCAACACCAAGCCACUCUUCUGGUGACCCGAAGAAAAAUAAAAUGGACCCACAAGUGGUGGUGGAUUCCUCAGUCAGCGAAUUAAAAUAUCAGAAUAAAAAAUCAUCUGAUAACAAUUUGACAUCAGCUGUUAAAAAUAAAACUACAGAUGUUCUUGAGAUUAAGAAGCACUCCAAAAGGCAGAUGUCAUCAAUUUCUAAAUGUCAUUUCAAAAAUGUUGAUGAAUACGAAACAUAUCUAGACCCUGAUUGCCAUUUCCAGAAAUCUUUAGUUUCUACUGAUAGUUUGGAAAAUGGUUUUGACUCAGAUAAACCUAAAACUUCAUACGUUGACCCUUCGUGCAUUCUGUAUCAGGAAAAAGAGCAUUUCAAAAACAGCUUGAUUCCAUUAUCUCCAUCUAUGCAGUUUUGUGAAUUUCCAGAAGCUCCCACUGAUUUUGUUCAAGAAAGUCCAGGUGUUUUGGUUCAAAGUUCGAAGGAAACAGAUGAUCAGACCACCAAAAAUGUAAAUGAGAAAGACCUCACAGACGAAACGCGAAUGUGUUGUGAAGAUGACUGCAAGCAAGAUCCAUCGACUACAAGCUCCCUUGUAUGUACAGUUUUCAAUACGGGUGGGAAAAACCCUUAUUCUUUUCUGGAGCGUCUCUCUCAAAGGUGUCUGUGUGAAGACCUUACUCAGGCAUCCAUGGAACAAGAGUGCCUUAUUUUUCUGGACCAAAUGAGAAAUCUCCUGAAAAAGAGUAAAAGACAACAAUGCCACCAAGAAACUAAUGACAGUUUGAGGAUGCCAUGUACCAGUCCUGUGACAAUCAAGUUCUCGAACUUAGAUGAACAGGAGGAUUCAUUUGAUUUAUUGGACACAUCACUCUUUGGCCAAAAGAUAAAGGUAGACAUUCACAAAAAGAAAGAGCCAUUAGUCAUUACAGAGGAAAAAGGCAAGACACCAGAUACUCACAAUCUGUCCCAAGGAACCAGAAACCCAACCAAUUGUUCUUGGGUCUCCAAUGUCACAUCAGAAUGUGCAAAGCUGUACAAGGCAAGGAUGCAUGAAGUAUGUUCUGCCAAGAAGGUUCUGUCUAAAUCUAAAACCUUGAGGGUACAACAGAACCAUUCAGAUACCAAACACAAUGAAAAAAUUGAUUUCUGUGAUAAAAUGAAGAAAGAGUUGAAUAAGAUUUUCCAAAGUAAUCUAAAUGCUGUUGUGAAGAAAUCCUGCAAGACAAAGAACAGAUUCUUCAUACUGGCAACAUCUGAUGAGCGGUUCUUUGAAGAAACUAAGGUGCAUUUGGAAUCAGAAGGCCACAUUGCUGUGCAGCCCUCUCAAUUCUUUAUUUGUGAGGAAAAUUCUACAUCUCUUUUUAUUAUCCUCAAAAAUGAAGACAUUGCAGAGCACAUUUGUAAGGUUCCUCACUUGCUCAAACUGAAGAUGUCUCCAGAUGUGCAGUUUACCGGAAUUGAUGAACCAGAUGAUGUCGUGAAUCUAACCUAUCAGGAGCUAUUUACCCGGGGUGGCUUCUUACUGCUGAACAAAUCCGUACUAGAGCCUCUUAGCCUUUGCAACAUGAAAAAAAUAUUUCAAAUUUUGCAAGAGCUUAGCAGAACAGGGAAAUGGAAAUGGAUGCUCCACUACAAAGACAGCCGUCGUUUGAAAGAAAAUGCAAGGUUGAGUAAUGAGGCAAAUGAUAUGAAGAAACACCUGUUCUGGGGUCUAGAUGCUGGAAUCCUGGAGGUCCUGCCCUACCAUGAGUGUGACCUUAUGUCCAAAGAUACACCCGACUAUCUCAAGUGUUUGCUAAAUCUCCAAGUCCAGAAUAUAGCCUAUCGUUUUUCUGUUUUCAUAACUGAUGAAGAAGAAGGUGCCUUUGAGAAAAACGGAAUCUUGACGAUGACUCUGAACACUUUCCUGACAAAGUUUUCCAGUGACAGUUUUUAAAUUCAGAAGUGUCAAACUGACAAAAGUUUGACUAAAAUGACCAAGCAACAGUUAUAAGCAUAGUUGUGGAGUGAAUUUAUUCACCAGAAAUGGUUUCAUUUUUAGUAAUGUUUCAUUUUAUUCAAAUGUAAUUCUUGUAGAUUGUUUUAUUGUAGAUUUCUUUUUUCUAAAUGCAAUGUCUAUUUAUCGCAAACCUGUAGUUAAUUGAUAGUGUGGCAAAUCUGCCAAUAUGCUGGCAGCUGUGAUGUUUUAAUUAAAUUGUUUUAUGUAUAAAUUGUAAAUUGUAUGGUAAGCAUUCUUAAGUGAUAACAGAUUUUACUUAGAAUUUUAACGUUUACACCUGGUUCUAGUGUCAUUUUAACAAAUGCUCAGUAUUGUAUAUGCAGCUAUCUAAGGUUAUUUGUACAGUUCAAUGGCUUCAAAUAAAUCUGUUACUAAAAGAAAUAA